AAAAAAAAAAAAAAAAAAAAAAACCCUCCUGUCAACGCGCUUCCCCAACUCAUAACAAUAAUAAUAAAGAAAUUAAUUUCUUCUGAGCACCAAUUCCUUGCAUGCAUGACAUGCAUGUUCUAGCAAUAGCAAUAUUAUUAAAACAACAUAUACAUGCAAAUUAGAAUAUUUUUAUCAACUUUAGUUUCAAUUUUUCCCCGGCAUUCUCUCUCUCCCUCACAAUCCCACCCACCUCUCCCAAACUUAACCCAUUCCCUUCAAUUAAUUCCCCUCUCUCUCUCUCUCUCUAUCCUUCCCCUCCUAAACCUCUCUGCAAUGGCUCCUCCCCGUUUAAUAAAUUAAUUAAUGAGGAUUCUUAUUUUAUCAUCUAUUAUUCACGUACAGAGAUCAUGUCGAUAGCACUCUUCGUCUUUCUUUCUAUAACAACAGUUUAUUAUGCGGUCGAUGGCGCGGCGGGCAUCCGCGUCGACGUCAUACGCCGUCCCUCGCCCACCUUCCCUGCCUUCCGCGAGGCGCCUGCAUUUCGCAACGGGGAGGAAUGCAGUUGGGAAUCGACGCAACAGUCGUCGUCGUCGCCGCCGCCGCCGCCGCCGCGCGUCGACAUCGCGAUGACGCUGGACGCGAACUACCUGCGGGGGACGAUGGCGGCGGUGCUGUCGAUCCUGCAGCACACGGCGUGCCCGGAGAGCGUGGGGUUCCACUUCCUGGCGGCGCGCGCGCCCGACCCCGACCUCGUGGCGGCGAUCCGCGCCGCCUUCCCCUACCUCUCGUUCCGCGUCUACCGCUUCGACCCCGCCCCCGUCCGCCGCCGCAUCUCCCCCUCCGUCCGCCACGCCCUCGACCAGCCCCUCAACUACGCCCGCAUCUACCUCCCCCACCUCCUCCCCCCCCACGUCGCCCGCGUCAUCUACCUCGACUCCGACGUCGUCGUCGUCGACGACAUCCGCCACCUCUGGCAGGUCGAUCUGGGCGAGCACGUGGUGGCGGCGCCGGAGUACUGCCACGCGAACUUCACCGCGUACUUCACGGGCGCCUUCUGGUCGGACCGGGCGCUGGCGGCGACGUUCCGCGGCCGGGGGCGGCGGCGGCCGUGCUACUUCAACACGGGCGUGAUGGUGAUGGACGUGGACAAGUGGCGGCGCGGCGGCUACACGCGGAUGGUGGAGGACUGGAUGAUGGUGCAGAAGCGCAAGCGCAUCUACCACCUGGGCUCGCUGCCGCCCUUCCUGCUCGUGCUGGCCGGCGACAUCAAGGCCGUCGACCACCGCUGGAACCAGCACGGCCUCGGCGGCGACAACAUCGAAGGCCGCUGCCGGAGCCUCCACCCGGGCCCCAUCAGCCUCCUGCACUGGAGCGGCAAGGGCAAGCCCUGGCUCCGCCUCGACUCGCGGAAGCCCUGCGCCGUCGAUCAUCUCUGGGCUCCCUACGACCUCUACCGAUCCGCCACGCCCACGCUCGAAGAGUGAAACCGCGAAUAUUAUACAUAAGAAUAUGCCAAAGUGUCUCAAUUUGAUAAUGUGGUGGCUAAAAACAUUAUUUUUAUAUUAUAUAAAAUUUCAAAAAAUUAAAAAGUACUUAGAU